GAUUACGAGUGGUUGGGCGACGACAUGAAGACGUUGAAAGCGGUGGCCGACGGCUCGCACGCCAUCAAUAAGCGCUUGUCUGCCGCUAAGAAACCGGUCGUCAUAUUAGGGCAACAAAUACUCCGAAGCAGUGAUGCGACCAAUGCUUACGAUUUAGUCAAAUAUAUCGCCCAUAAGUUCAACGCCGAGUUCAAUGUCUUGCAUACGAGUGCCUCACAAGUGGCCGCAUUUGACUUGGGUUUGAGACCCGACUCGGAGCUGAAGCUGGAGGACAACGGGGAGCCGGCGCUCGUGUGGCUGUUCGGCGUCGACGACCGCGGCUUUCGAGUGCCGAAGAAUACGUUUUUGAUUUAUCAGGGUCACACGGGAGAGGUGGGCGCGAGUCAGGCCGAUGUGGUCCUCCCGGGCGCCGCCUUCACCGAAAAGCAGUCGAUUUACGCCAACCUCGAGGGCCGGGCACAGCAGACGUUGGCCGCCAUAACGCCCCCAUCGAUGGCCAGAGAGGACUGGAAGAUAGUGCGGGCCGUGUCUGAGAUCACGAACCAUACGCUCGCUUACGACACGUUAAUAGGUUUGCGGCAACGGAUGAAAGAGUUGGCGCCGAAUCUGGUCUACUGUAACGAAAACGUGAGAAUGCGAGCCAUCAGACCGCCCGUCGCCGAGGGACAGGCGGCUCAGCCCACAGUGAACGCCGCCCUCCGGCUGAGCGUUAAGUUAAACGAGUUGUUAGACUAUUACCAGACGGACGUCAUAUCGCGGUCGUCGCCAACGAUGGCUAAGUGUGUCGUUGCGCUCAGGAAGGAGUUGGAGAAGAGGGCUGAGGACCAGCGCCUGUCCGCCAAUUAGCCCUUCCAUUGGUUUUCUAGUUUUUAGGGUUUAAUUGACUUUUAUUUUGGACUCUCUUUUGGUGUCCGACUCCUGUGACGCCGUUUUAGAUGUAAAUCAUAUGAAGUGUUAUAUAAGUUAUUAUAUCGGAUGUAGUUUUGAUUUGACUUUUUUGCCAAAUAAUCAAUAAAUUUAUUAAAUUUGA